AUGGCGACAGGGCCAAUGAAGAAGAGCAAUAGGAGGGGCGGCGAUGGACUAGCUUAUCAGCAGCCCGCGGUUUCAUUGCUCGCUUCCGCUGCGCGUGUGGCAUUGGCCGGUCGGACCGCCGAUAAGCAGCGCACGAGAACCAUAGUGUGGCUGAUGCUGAGCUGCAAGAAGCUUGGCUCCCGUGCACGUCACCGUGAUGAUAGUGGUGAUACCGGCGACACUGACAAAACAGGGAAUGAACCCUUGCGCAUCGUGGCUCGUGCAUCAACAUGCAUUCUCAUUACUCAGAUUGCCCCGUGUGGAUGGCUGGUUUGCGCUGACCAACGGCCGUUCAUCCUCCAUUAA